GUUUCUCACUUGGCCAGACACAAACAUUGCAAUUUCCCCAUGAUGUGAACAAUAGUCUUAUCUUAUCUUAUCUUAUCUUAUCUUAUCUUAUCUUAUCUUAUCUAAUCUUAUCUUAUCUUAUCUUAUUUUAUCUUAAAACAUCUCAGACUGAAGGAAACUGUCUGAGACUCAGCACCUUCUAAACUCUUCUCUGCUUCUGAAAUGUGAAGUUUGUGUGAAAUGCCUCCUUCUUGGUGCCAUUGAGGGUGGGCCUGUCCCUCUGCAUGGUCUCACCUCCUAGCACAAACGUCACAGCAGAAGAAGAGACGUCCCCCUCACCCCACCAGACCCUCAGCUGGCCAACUAUAGUGCUAUUAUAGUUCAAGCAAAGGCUAAUUGUUGCUCACUCACAAAGAACUGUACAGUCCAUGUGUUUGGAUGGUAAUGCUGCUUCUUUCUACUAAAAGAAAAUGGCAGUUCUUGUGUUUUGUGCCCUUCUGUGCCUGUCUGCUUGGGUCUCUCUCUACUUUUUCCUGUGUAAUAUCAACGGAUCUCGGAGCUAUGAGUGGAAUUGUCGCCUUGUCACCCUGUUACAUGGCAUCUUAGCAAUCUGCAUUACAGCAUACAUAGGCUACAUAGAUGGACCGUGGCCUUUCGAUCAUCCAGGCACUCCGAACACCACUCUGCAGAUAAGCGCCAUGGUACUGAGCCUGGGCUACUUUUUCUUUGAUAUGGCCUGGUGUGUGUACUUCCGCACAGAAGGACCCGUUAUGCUGGCCCACCACACUAUGAGCAUCCUGGGAAUCCUGUUGACCCUGUGGUUGGGAGAAUCAGGCAUCGAGUCAUGCGCGGUCCUCUUCGGCAGUGAAAUCACCAACCCCCUCCUGCAGGCGCGCUGGUUCCUCAAACAGACGGGACGAUACGGGACAUGGCUCGGUAACGUUGUGGACGUCCUGUUCGUACUGCUGUUUGUGCUGAUGCGAAUCUUCGUGGGAGGCACAAUGCUGUACUGUGAACUGAUCUCCCCAAGACCCAGAUUCUUUAUCAAGUGUGGGGGCGUGGCCAUGUACGCUCUGUCCUGGGUCUUCAUGGUGGACAUUGUUCGAUUUGCCAUUAGGAAGAGCAAGAGUUGGCACAUACAACCGAAGGAGCAACAGGAGUCCUUGGCAGCCAAUGGUUAUGACAACAAGAAGGACUGAUCACUUUCUGUUUGUUGGAAGAAAAAUCAGGCAUGUCUGCAUUUCACUUUGGAUGUGCAAUGGGAGGGAAAUCAGUUUUUGUAUGUUAAAGAAAACUCAUCAUUUAUAUUGUUGAGAAAAAUCAUCUUUCUACCACCUUCAAAUUUAGCUGUUUAAGAAAAAAAUAAUUGCAGCUGACAACAUAUUUCUGUGUAAAAGGUGCACUUUACAAAACGACAAAUGAAGCUCCUGUCGAUGAAAACCAAAGCACUUUCUAUAAAAGCACAGACAGAUGUUGUGCUCAGUUGCAGUGACCUGUGGCCUUGUCAAAUGUAGUGGUCUUCAAAAGGGUAAAGCCAGUUUAGAACAUAGAUGUUUACAUGUAAGGAUAGAGGAGGUUAUGAAACAGUUUUUCCCCAUAAGUUAAAGUUAGAAUUUCUUUCUUUCUUUCUUUCUUUCUUUCUUUCUUUCUUUCUCUUUCUUUCUUUCUUUCUUCGUGCACGUGAACUUUGAUACUCAGGGAAAUUGUGUCAUAUCAUCAAGUUAAGGUUAAUUUAGCAGUGUGUGUACUUUGUUUAAUGUUGUGUAUCGUAAUUCCUCUAAGCAGACACUGUGUUCAUUUUGGUCCCACCAGGAGAACCUCUUAAUUAUACCCUUCUACAUUGGUUAAUGAGCCAUUUGUAGUUUUACUCUACUGUGUAAACUCAGAUCCAACUUAACCGUCAACAAAGCAUCCAUACAUCCUCAUAGUUCUCAAUCACUUAACAAGGUUUUUAUUUCUACUUUUAUUUAACAGUUGAAUUAAACUUAUUUUGAGUUGUCA